AUGACUGAUAACCCAAUGGCCGCAACCACAGUGACCUAUACAAACAACUCAGAGACUCAGGCUUCAAACUCAUUCCAAUUACCACCAUCUGAAAAUUCUCUGGAAUCACAACCCAAUUACCCAAAUUUCCAAAUUAGGGUUCUGAAAGACGACGGCCACCUCUGGAACAACCCAUAUUCCCAGCCACCUCCCAAUCGAUAUGAGGCAGAAGAUGACGACGACGCUAUCGACGACGAUCUGGACGAGGAGAUUUACGGCCAAGACAAUGUCGUCGUGGAAGAGCAGUACCAACACUACCCGCACAACCUGAAUCGGAGGGUGUAUUUGGAGAAGUCGAAUGGGCUUGAUGAGAUGAGGGAUAGUCCAGGGGAGUCUUGCAUAAGUUUGGGCGACUGGGCUGCACGUGCCCAUGUGGACGACGCCGCUCCGGGAGUGCUUGACAGGCUGGAAGCCGCUGCUCCGGCUGGCUGCGCCGAGUUGCGUGUCCGUUUGCUUGGAAUGGUGGUGGUACGAGAUCAUGAUCGUCUUGGCGCGAGAGCCUAUGCCCUUGGAAUGGUUGCUUUGGAUGAAUCUGAGAAUGGAGGAGAAGUAGAGAUUUCGAGUUUUCGGGUGUUACAGUCACCGUCGGCACCACUGUCUGUGGUAGUGGUUUCGGGUCUUCUUAAGGUGUUUCUGCUCGGCAAUCUCAAGGCCCCUGGCCCUGACGGAUUCCCAGGCCUCUUCUACUACAAGUUCUGGGAGUCAGUUAAGGAUAAUGUCAACCAGGCUGCCUCCUGUUUUCAUAGUGGGAACUUCUCGCUUGACACACUGAACCGGACCAACAUUGUCCUCAUACCAAAGAUUCCCCAUCCUGAGAGUGUUAGCCAUUUCAGGCCGAUAAGUUUAUGUAACAACUCAGUGAAGAUUCUCUCCAAGCUCCUCGCCAACAGACUAAAACCAAUUCUUCCUCUAUUCAUUUCGAAACAUCAAAAUGCCUUCGUCCCAGGCAGGCAAAUUCAAGAUAAUAUCAUUCUUGCUCAUGAAGUGUACCACUACUUGAAACUCAAGAAUUCUAAGUCGGAGCAUGAAUUAGCCUUAAAGCUAGACAUGAAUAAAGCCUUCGACCGUGUCGAAUGGGACUUCUUGGAGGCAGCGUUACUCAAGUUCGGUUUCGAUACCAGAUGGGUGAAAUUGGUGAUGAGUGUGGUUUCUACUGUUUCUUUCUCCCUGUUGAUAAACGGUAAGCGGAGCCGAACUUUCCAUCCCUCAAGAGGAAUCAGACAAGGAGACCCACUUUCUCCUUACCUGUUUCUCAUCAUUGGGGAAGUCCUCUCUAGGAAUAUUAUUGCCGCCUCCAACUCAAACAGGCUUGAAGGCAUCAAAUUGAGUACACACUGUCCGGGCAUAACGCACUUGUUCUUCGCUGAUGAUGCCCUCUUCUUCAUGAAAGCCACACUGAAUAAUUGCCGAUCUCUGCAAGCAAUUAUCGACGCUUACUGUAUAGCGUCAGGACAGUCAGUUAACUAUGAUAAAUCGUCCAUCUACUUUUCAGCAAAGACCCCCAUAGAUGUUCGAACCGAGAUUUCCUCAGCUCUCAAUAUUCCUAUCUCCGAUAACCCUGGCAGGUAUUUGGGUCUUCCAACCAUCUGGGGCAACUCCAAAAGAAAAGCCCUUGCUUACAUACGGGAGAGGAUAAAGCAGAAAUUGGAGGGGUGGAAAGCUGAUAUUUUAUCUCAGGCUGGUAGAGAAGUCCUAAUAAAGUCGGUUGCAAUGGCUGUUCCAGCAUACCCCAUGUCUGUCUUUUUGUUGCCCACCUCCCUGUGUAAAGCUAUAAACUCUGACAUAGCCAACUUCUGGUGGGGUUCGAUUGGUACCAAGAAUAAAGUACACUGGAAAGCUUGGGAUCACCUAUGCAAAAGUAAGGCCGAUGGGGGAAUUGGUUUCAAAGAGCUCCUGACCUUCAAUAAGGCCCUCCUUGCUAAACAGUGUUGGCGUUUGAUCAACAACCCCAACUCCCUGUGGUGCCGUGUCCUGAAGGCACGAUAUUUCCAUCAGUCUUCUUUCUUAAAAGCCAAAAAUGGAUCUAGGCCUUCGUGGAUUUGGAAUAGCUUAAUUGCUGGUAGAGAAACAAUUAUUGAGAACGCAUGUUGGCAGGUAGGAAAUGGGGAAUCAAUUGAUGUUUGGAAGGAUUGUUGGGUUCCUAACAGGAAUGGAGGCAGAAUCAAACCCACGGAUACCUCAAACAGAUUCACACCUCUCUUGGUGUCUGAAAUUAUUGAUGAAGAUAGGAACUGGAACAUUUCCCACCUUGAGCCCUUCCUCGACCCUUCAGAUAUCAGAUGCAUCAAGGCAAUCCCAAUUGGUGAGGCUAAUGAAAAGGAUAAGCUUAUUUGGCCUCACACCAAAUGUGGUUCGUAUUCUGUUAAGAGUGGCUACUACAAUUCACUCCCUACCUCCAAGUCUUCCUCCAAAGAUGGCCCUUCCUCCUCGGCCCAAAUUGACAAGAAAAUUUGGAACUUGGACACCUCAUUCUGUUACCGAACCUGGUCCCAUCCCCUCUUGGCUGCCCCCUCCCCCCCUUUUGUCAAAGUUAAUGUUGAUGGAGCGUGGGAUAGCAAGACUUACAAAAGUGGUAUUGGGGUGAUAAUAAGAAAUCAUAGAGGCCAAUCAAUUGCAGGUGCUAGUAUUCUGAAGAGCCACAAUUCCCCCAUUGAAGUUGAGGCCGAGGCUGUGGUCAAGGGCCUUCAGCUUGCUGCUUUCCUAAAGCUCCAAAACAUCAUCCUGGAAGGUGACUGUCAAGAGCUCUUUCAUGCUCUCAACAAUUCUUCCUCCUCUCCAAAUUGGAAGAUUUCUCAUAUGCUGAACAAGGUGUCUCAUUUGAAAACCUUAUUCACCGGGAUCAAAUGGAAUUGGAUCCCUCGAGAAGCUAACCGUGUUGUGGAUGCAGCGGCCAAGCUUGCCAAACUGAGGUUGUGCUCCCAGGACUGGGCCAAUAGGCCUCCAACCUCCUUGAUCUCUAUCCUGCGAAGUGAUGGCCUCCCUGGCCCCCCUUGUAAUUUGUCCUAA